AUGAAAAGAGUGUUGGUGGUGGGAUCUGGGGCCAUUGGUCUUCGAACUGCGCUGGAGCUUGCGACACGGAAGCAGCUGCGCGUGAAGCUCUUCUCCCCCCGGCACCCGCUGCAUCCAAGCACUUGUUCCAUGGGCGCCGGGGGAUUAUGGAUGCCCUUCCACUGCGACGACCCGCGAACCGAUCGCUGGGCCGCCGAGACGCUGGAUGAGCUUUUGGAGUAUGUCGCCAAGGGCGGCAAGCGAGGUGGGGAGCGGCUCGUGGAAGUUGUGCCCACUGUGAAGUUGCGCAAGGAGAUGACGAGUUCUGCUGCUCUGGGAGCGUGGACAAGCGACCCGCGGCUAAAGUUUCAACAGCUGACGGUCGACAUGCUGUCCCAGCAGAAUGAAGCGCAUCGAUUGAGAAUCCCCUCACAUCAAGAGCUGCUGGAUGCCGCGUAUACGCACGCGCAGCUGUUCUUCCCGCCCAUCGUGAAUUCUACGCUCAUGCUCGCUCAUCUGCUGGAGAAGGCGUCGGAGGUGCUUGAGGAGGUCGACGUGCCAUCCAUGGCCACGGACGAAGCGCCCAAAAUGCUCGAGUCGCUGGACGAUGUUAUGGAAAUGGCUGCUAAGAAAAGCUGCGACGCUGUUGUGAACUGCACAGGCUUGGGUUCGCGCCAACUUUGCCAGGACGAGCAGGUUCUAGGGGCGCGAGGAAUACUUCUCAACUACGACCGGAGAAGCGUAGAACGCAGGUCGUCCUUCAUGGAAAAUGUUGGCAACCAAGAGACGAACACGAAUGAUGCCGCGAUCCUGGCCGAAGACGCACCCUGGGGAAGUGCCACCAUGCCCUGCUACUUGAUUCCUCGCGGCUCUACCAUCUGUCUUGGUGGCAGCUACUUGGAGCAAGACAUGCGCGAGACCGUGACCGAGGAGGAGAGGGCGCGACUCUGCCAGAACGCCUUCCAUCUCGGGCAAGAGCACUCCUACGCACGAGUGGGUGGGCUUCAGGCCCUACAGAGCAACGGCGACUCGGAGCCAGAGUGGGCCCGUGCGAAGCUGAUCCCAGCUAUUCAAAUUCACCCAUCCAGCUUAUUCACAACUAUGGGCAUGGCGGCAGCGGGUGGCAAAGGAAUGCGCAUCAUUGGUGCAAUCAGCUCUGCCUUAUUAGGCUACAUGUCGAUUGAUCCGACAGAUGCUGAGCGCGCCGCGCUUACUAACAUAGGCGCAAUCGCUGACUGGAUUGGCCUGCAAGGGACUGCGACGGAUGCAGCCACCCCUCGUGGCUCGCUCUUCGCUCUCCUGGGCACCGCGCCCAAUGAUCAUCCCCGGUCCUUGCGUUUUAUGCCCGCCGAUGAAUAUCAGGCAGUCUUGCAAAACUGGCGAAUAGGGAGUGAGCCUGCAAAUGCGACGGCGCCCACCUUUGUGCAGCGCAGUCAUGGUGGAUUGCUGGGCAGGACAUGCCGGAUUUUAUCUGGCACUGAGCUCACCUUGGCUCAGCAAGCUGCUGCGUCCACUGCACCCACUCUUGCUUCAGGUUCUGGCAAGCGCAAACUGAAGAUGGCCUCAAUCAUCAACCAGAGCGACGACAACGAAGCAGAGCUCAUGGAUGCAGUUGACAUUACAGCAGCAUACGCAGAGUACAAGUCCAAGACUGGUGCCUUUCCUUCAGAAGAUGAAGAGUUGUCAAUCGAACAACUAAGCGGCCUGAGAGACCUUUUUGUUGCCAACAGGCCCCCGUACUGCGAUUUUGCAGUGUUUGGGCCGUACCACCACCGAAUACAGCGAAAGAUCAAAAUGAAAGGAAUCAAGUUUUCCCCUUCAGGCGAGAUCACUACCACUGAGAUGUUUGGACCUCCUGACUAUCAGAGCUGGCGUGAGUGCUAUCUGGUGUUCCGCACUGGUUGCAUCAUGCUGAAGCAGAUCGCGCCUGCGCACCUUGACAACUACGAGAAGCACAUCCGCAAGUUGGCAGAAAGGUACAGCAAAGCUUCUUGGGGCUUGAUCUAUCAAGCUGAUGUGCGAGCCCGCUUGGAGCACUCCGAGCGACUCCUUCGUCAAGCUAAAGAAGAGCGGAACAAGGCUGUGGCACGAGGCGCGUCACAUGACCUUGAUCUCGCCAAACCUUGGGACUACAUUUGGCGCAGACUCACAGAGGAUUACUCCUUCUGGCAGCGCGAGGUCAUCGAACCUGCGCUACAGCUUGCAGUGAAGUCCACUUCGUUGCAACAGGUGGUGGAACAGGACGCCCCAAUAGCUGCUGAUGCUACUUCCUUGACGGCUGCGCCUUCAAAGACCGCCUUUCUUGAGAACCCCUUGCCGCCAAGAAGCCAAGGAUACCAGACCGGCGAGUGCACUGAGGUCGACCAGCGCGGCUUUUGCAAGCGCAACAGCAGAUUGCGACAUCAGUGUGCAAAGUGUCUAUCCGAGUUCCAUGGCGCCAAGGUGGAUCCAUCCAACGCUUCGGCUUCCUCACGAACGAGCUUCAGACCUCGGCUGCUUCACUUGUUCAGCGGUCCUUCUGGCAGAGCGGAUGGCUUGGCUGUCUACCUCGCUGGACUGGGCUGGGACUGUGAGGAGUGGGACAAUCUUAACGGUGCGCUCUUUGAUUUGACUGACAAUGAAAACUGGGAAAGGCUUCUGAGCAGAGUUCGCGCUGGGAUGUAUGAUGCCGGUCUCAUCCGGCCACCAAGCAGCACAUUUUCAAAUGCCAAGAAUUCCGGCGAUGCGCUGAGGACGGCCACUGGAGCUGGAAGAUAUGGUCGACGCGGGCUGGAGGCCGGGGACAAGGAGCUGGUUAGGAUCGGCACCUUGUUGGCGGUACGAGCAGCUCGCGUCUUCGAAGAACUUCAUUCUCAGCGGAAGCCCUUGAUCCUGGAACAGCCGCCUUGGAAACAGGACGGCGCCAGCGUCAGCAUGUUCAACCUUGAUGAGUACGUCAAGCUUCGUAACUUGGAAGGCGUUUCGCUUCACGACAUGUUCCAGCACGAGUACGGCGCCGGCUCCACCCUGAUGGCGUACCAGGUGGACUUGACAGACAUCAGUGCAGUUUGCAGCCAUGCACCUCACCGCUGGGAGUACCUGUCGAGCAAGCUUACAUCCGCUACUCGGCCUUCCGCGCCAGGACAUGACUGCCUGGUCAAAUGUGGACGGUGGGGCAAUGUGUUGGUACGCAGCGAUGCGCUGAAGACAACCGGGCCACAUUCGGCGAGCGCCUCGUACAGGUUCAGCGCACCUCUGCGGGGCCUGAAGGAUGACGACCACGAGAAUCACCUUCUUGGUGGAAUGCGGCAUCCUCGCAGAGCGCUCGGCUUGCAGCCUAAAUUGGAACAAGCAGGUGGCCUGAUACGUGCUGCGCUGUUAGACGUCCUCAAGGAAGACCCUGAGUUAGUGGAGAGGUGUGUGGGCGCCGUGGGUUCGCUUGAUGAGCAAGUGGGGCCCACUCCUGAGGACAUACGGCGGGCCAGGCAGGCGAUCGCAUCCUGCUUGCCCAGGCAUCGCGAUGCCCUGCAAACGGCCGGCUCAACCAAGUUACGGGCUGAACUCCUGCUGCAGUGGGGGCUCGCUGCUAACGAUCCCGACGCGUCCAUCAUACAUAAUUGGCUAACUAGUGGGUCUCCAGCUGGCAUUGAGGUACCGAUCGAGGACCCGGGCGUCUUUCCACCCAAUGACGAAGUUGGUCCUGACACGGACUAUUUCGAGCCUCCCGAUGCGGAUCUCCACACAAACUACUCCUCUGUGGAUGGCGAUCCAGCUGCCGAACCAGAGGUUCAGCGGCUGUUUCGUACUGGAUUCGUCAAGUCUUUGACUCCCUCGAAGAAUGUCAACGCUGGGCUGGGGGAAAGAGGCAAGCUGAUCCUGCCCAGGAUUGUCGAUGUCGUCGACGACCUGCUUUACCUCCUCGACCAACUGGAGGGAGCCCGAGGCAAUCCCGAGCUCGAGAUGAUGGUUUUGGACUUCUCAGACUGGUUCUACCAAAUACCGUUGGCGCAGUCUGAGCGCAAAUACUUUGCCUUCAAGUUUGGAAACAAGUAUGCCGUCUACCUCACGCAACCGCAGGGGUCCAGAAAUGCUCCGGUUGUUUGUGGUAGAGUGGCUGCCUACAUUGGUAGACUCACGCAAGGGGUCAUACAAGCUUGCAACAUGCGGCUGCAAAUUUACGUGGAUGACCCCAUCAUCUCCGCAAUUGGCACACGACAAGAGAGGAGGAUUGGUGCCACCUUCCAGGUCCGCGACAUCGGCACUCCACAGGCUUCGGUGGUGGUCACAGCGAAGCCGGAAAUGAUGGAUGAGAUCAGAGGAGCCACGAUCAGACAUGGCUCAACAAACAUGAUCAGCAGGAAGGAACUGGCGUCCUACACUGGCAAGCUCAAUCACGUUGCCGGCAUGAUCGAGAUGUUGCGUCCCUUCUUGUCCGAACUUUACGGUGCCUUACACAGCAAGCGUGACGAAUCAAAAGCACCUCAGUCCAUGAUUUGGACAAAACAGUGGAGUCACACUAGAAUUUGGCUAGAGCAUCUUCUUCGACAAGAAGGCCGGGACCUCACGCGUGAAUUCAGAGUGCACCGUUACUUUGGACGAGGUCGCCAGAUCCGGAUAGUCACUGACGCCUCACCUUGGGGCAUAGGUGGCUAUUUGGCGUACGACGUGCGCAUUUUGCGACAUUUUGCGAUGCCACUCACCUCCGAGGAUGCAGACAUUCUUGGAGUAGAGUUGGGCAGCCCCGAUACACAACAGGUGGUCGAAGCCUUGGCCCUAUACGUCGCACUCAAGCUUUGGGAGCAAGAAUGGAAAUGCGAUGAUGCCUGCCUUACGUUGCAGCUGGACUCUGUGUCGGUGCUUAGCUUGAUAUACAAGCUGCGCACCGCUGGACAUCGCAAAGGCUCUCAGCUCUUGGCCAAGGAGUUGGCGCUGUUGAUGGGAUCGUGCGCUUAUAAACCCAAUGUCAUGGAGCAUAUUCCUGGCCUAUCCAACAAACUGGCUGACCAUCUUUCCAGGUUGUUUAUGCCGGGAUACAAGGCUCCCAUGCCGCAGAUUCUUGGACACUCCCGAAUGGAACCAAAUGUAACCAGAGACGCUCAUUACUACACGACCUUGCAACCGCUACGCAAGGUGGACAUGUAG